UCGUGAUAGGUAUUUUGUUUUGUUUUUUAUUUAUGUUUUGAUUUUGGUUCGCGAAAAUUCAAAUUCUUCAUUCAGAGUCCCAAACAAUGUAACGUCGGCACACGUUGGAUUGCCGAAUCCUAAAAUGACCGCUUCGCCAGUGGCCGAGGCACAGGACGUGUGUGCAUCGGAUCCAAACUUUGCGGUUAUAUUUGCUUUCUGCGAACGGUUCGGAGACAGUUGUGGUGUUACUAUUCCUACGUUCCAAGAGCUACAAGAAAUGUUAGAGAAAACUACCGAAGUUCCAGAUGCAUUAGUUGAUUUACAUAUAAAGUUAUUGCGCAGAGUCAAAAAAAGUGUACAUGCAGAAAAAUGGGAAAGAGCAGUUUUAAAAUUCUGUCAAGAAUAUUCUAUACCAGAAUUUUGGGAAUUAGAACACUAUGGAUACAAAGGAAUUUCUGUAAAACUAAAAUUAAGGAUUUUAAAAACUCUUUUUGAAGCGCAAUUUGACAGUAAUGUCAAAUUUAAGUCUGAAGUUAAUAAAUUAGAGAGCUCUACACUUCAUUCUCAACCACUGGGUUGGGAUAGAUUAGGCGUAGCUUAUUGGGUCCAAUUUGACAGAGCAUGUAAUCUUCGAGUUUACAAGGAAGACAUUGAUGAAGAUACUUGGAAAAUCGUGGCAAAAGAUCGAAGCACCUUAGUUAAUCUUAUAAAUGAAUUAUCUGGAGAAAAAGACAACACUCUUGACGACAUUGAAGACAGUAAUAGUAUUGAAACUGGUUCAGAUGGUUCAGAUGGAUUGUCUUCAAAUCGGAAUUCAGAAAAGCAAUCUACUAUGCUAACAAAUAGUGCUCCUAUUAUUGAAGAUAACAAAAAAGAAUGUAGUACUACAGAAUCAACUAAUGUUGAAUUAGAAACAAAUGAAUUUGAUCCAAAAGAAAAUCCUCUUGAUAAACCUAAUAAUUAUAAAAGAAAAUUGAAAGAGGAUGACAAUACAUCAAAUAAAAGUAUUAUUCCUAUUGUUGGAGAAGAGAUUGAAGAAUCUGUGAUGAUUGUAAAAGGUGAAGGUUCUGGGCAGGAAUGUGAUACUGGUAAUCCUGAUGAAACAAAUACUCAAAAUGAUACAUCAAAAAAUGAAGAUGUAAAAAAACCAAAAUUAUGGAGUAUUGAAGCUAUUUGUAGUUCAUCUAAAGAAGUCAAAGAAGAAAUAGUUUCUGUUCCUAAAACUGGAUUUUUUUUUGGCGAUGAUUCUGUACCAUGUUUUAACAAUGUUUCUAAUGGAGAAAAUUCUUGUACUGAUGACAACAAAUUAGAAGUGGUUUCAUCAAACAAAAAUAUCGAAGAAUGGAAAAAAAAUAAAAAAAUUAAUGAAGACCUAAAUAAAAAUAAAAAAACCGAUGAAGAAUUAAAAAAUAAAAAAACUGAUGAAGAAUCAAAUAAAAAUAAAACACUGGACGAAGUUGAUACUACUAUACCACAUAGCAUCAAAUCUUUAAAUUUAGAUGAAUUUUCUUGUAAAAAUGUUUCAAAGCAAUCAGUUUUUAAUAUUAAAAUCCAUGAAGAAGAAGUUCAGAUCACAGAAAGAAAAGCUAAUGAGGUAUUUACAAAAUCUGAAUCCAGUAUAAAACAUAAUUCAACAAAUGUUUAUGGCUCAACAUCAUUUGACAGCUAUAGUAAACCUCAAGAGUCCCAGAUAAAUAAUAUGACAGAAAUUGUUGCAUGUAAUAAAGAUAAUCAACCACAAAUUAGUUACAAAACUAAUAAAUAUGAUACAGAUUAUAAGGUCGAAUGCAAAAAAAUUAAAGUUGAUCAAAUUAAUGAUCAACCAACAGAUCUAACUAAUUCUGAUAUUCAAAUGGGUAAAAAAAUAAAAGAACAAGAAAGUUUAAGUGUGAAAUUAGAAGAAAACACAAAAAGCAAUAUUGAUCAACAAUUAAAAGAAAAUAUAAAAGAAGGAAUAGAUCAACAGUUAGAAAAUGAUCAAGAAUCAAAACCUAAAGUUGGUGAACCUAUUAAAAUUGAUAAACAUACACUUAACUAUAAAAUACAAUCAAAUGAACAAUUGACAGGUAAAAUCAAUCAAAGUGAUGAUGGAAAAAUAGUAGAUAACAGUGGUGAAAAAAUCAUAUCAAAUGAAUCAUUUGCAAACACAGUUGGCCAAUAUACUGACAUUAAUGAACAACCAAGUAUUGAUGUAGUUGAGCAAAAUACAUGCAUGUUAGAUACAUCAUUAUCAAAUGUAGUUGACCAAAGUAUUAUUACUGAUAAUCAAAUAUUGGCUAACAAAUGCUCCACAAUUGAUAUAGAAGUACCAGUAGAUAAUUUAGUUGAAGAAAAUGAACCAGAACAAUUAUCUGAAAAUACUGAACAUGUUAAAAAUACUGAUGAUUUGAAAACUAAUGAUGCUUAUUCUAAUAAUGACAACUUAAUAAGAAAUGCAAUUGCUAGUAGUAGUAAAGCAUAUGAUCAAACUUCAACAGACAAUGUCGAUCAAUACUCCACAACCAUAAAACAAUUUGUUGGUAAUCAAAAUAAUAAUACAUCUAAGAAAACAUCACAUAACAUAAGCAAUAUUAUUGACACUGAUGUGAUUGUGAUUAACGAUAGUGUUGAAACAAAUAAACAAAUAAUUAAUUCUGGUGAUAUUGAAAUUAAGCAACUAGAAAAUUUUCAGAUUACAAAUGAGAAAAACAUUUCUCAAGAAAAAAAAUCAUCUGUUUCAAAUAUAGAUUGCCCAAAAGAUUUUAGUAAUAAACAUAGCUUAAAUAAAAUAUUACAAAAAUUGGAUGAUAUUAAGGAAAUGUCAGUAUGUCCAAACUCUAAAUCUUCUAAUGUUGAUUUAGAAGUAGACCAAAUUGGUUUAGUGAAAUCAGAGGUCGAAAUAAAUGUAGAAGAAUCAAAUUUAAAGAGCAAGGAUAUUUUGAAGGAUUUAACUGUAAGAAAAGAAGAUAAAUUAACAGAAAAUGAAAAUAAUAUUUCACUCAUAAAUCCAAGUGUACUAGAAAAUCAAAGAGAAAUUGUUGAUGCGAUUAAUAAUGUAGCAAAAAGUGAUAAAGAUUACAAACUAUCAACAUUAGCAAUGGAACAAUGUAAAAAAGAUGAAAUAAAACAGGAAAAUUUAAAUGUGAAUCAUGCCGAAAUUAAACAAAAUAAGGCUAAAAAAGAAAAGCACAAAUUAUUUAAUGUCGUAUAUGAUACUGAUACUGAUGUUUGUAAUGAAGAAAAAUUAAAUUUAAAAGAAUUUAAAAGUAUUCCGUGUAACAAAGACAACCCUGCGCAAGAUUUAUCUGUACAAGAGAGUAAAUUGGAAAUGGAAUCUCUAAUGGAGAUUGGUGAAGAUAGUGCUGUUGACAUUUUUCAUAGCGAUAAAAAUGUUAUCAACAAAUCAAUCAAAAUUUACAAGAACCUAGAAGACAAAGAAAAACAUACAAAUUCUGAUAAAGAUAUAUUAAAUAAAAAUCUCAAAAUAAAAAUAAAGGAUCCGGACGAGGAAGCUAUAUUAAAACCUUCUGAAGAAGAAAUUGUUACUACACCAGAUUGUGAGGAUAUAUAUGAAAAUUCCGAUGAAACUAACCAAGAGACAUUUCAGAAAAGUCCUAAAGAAGAGUUUGAUGAUAGCGUAGUUGUAGCUCAAUCUUUUGAAGAAGAUUACAAUAAAAGUGAAGAAGAGGAAGUUACUGAUGAAACACCAAAAAAGAAAGGGAGACCUGGGCGAAAAAAGGGUAAAAGAGGAAGAGCUAAAAAAAUUAUUACAGUCAAGCAAGAAAGUAAAAGUAUUGUAGAAGAAAAAGUAAAACGACCAUACAAACCUCGUCAAAAGAAAGUUGUUACCAUAUCAGAAGAAGUGACUGUGUUUCCAGAGCCAGCUAGUGAUGACAAUGUGCGUAGAUCAAGGCGUAUUGCUGAAAUAAAAAUAAAAGAACAAUUUAUUCCUACUACACAAUAUGACGAUAUUGAUAUACCAUUAAAGAGUCCAAAGAAAAAAGAUAAAGCUGGAAAAAAAGGGGCAACACCCUCCAAAAAGUUCGAAAAUGCUGAAGAAUCUGAUGAUGAAGAUGAAGAAGAUCCUAUUUCUAAAAAGUUCAAGAAAAAGAAGAGGAAAGGAAAAUCUGAUUCCUUGAAGAAAAUCAACAUGAUAAAUCCUUGGAAUGUUGACUCUGAAUCUAGCUCUUCCGAAAAUAACAUAGGAUUAUUUGAAGACUACGAUCAUGAAGAAGAGGAAGAAAUUCCUAGACCUGGAAUUGAGCCUAAUAUAUCAGACCAUGAAUUUUCCCCUGAGUCAGAUAUUAACGAUGAAGAUGAAGAGUAUUUACCUGAAAAAAGAGCACGGACUGCUCAUAAAAAAGAUGAAGGUGAACAGUUAAAAGAUGACAUGUGUCAAAAAUGUAACAAAAGCGAUCAACCUGAAUGGAUUUUGCUAUGCGAUACCUGUAAUCAAGGGUGGCAUGCAUCUUGUCUUCGCCCUCCACUUAUGGUGAUCCCUGACGGUGACUGGUACUGUCCACCGUGUCGUCAUCAAGCUCUGUUGAAUGCAUUAAAAGACACUUUAAAAAGAUAUGAUGGUGAAUCGAAAAAAAGAGAAAAUGAAGAAUUGAGACGUAAACGGUUGGCAUAUGUAGGAAUAAGUCUUCAAAACGUUAUAUCAUCAAAAACGGAAGAAGUGAAAUCUGAAAAACUGCCUGUAGUUCAUCAGUCUUCUGAAGAUGAUGAAGACGAAUCAGAAUCAGAAGAAUAUGACUCAGAACCAUUGUACACUUUAAGAGCUCGGCGACAAGCUAAUGUCAGUUACCGUUUUAACGAUUAUGAUGACAUGAUAAACGAAGCAAUUUUAGAAGAGACUGGUGCUGAUGAUUCUGCAGCAAAAAAAUCACCCGAAGUGAAAACUGAUAAAAAUGAUAAUGAUGAAAAUAAUGAUUCUGAUUCUGAUGAAAAUGACAAGGGUAGACAGGAUUCACCAAUCGCACCAGCAUUGUUACAUUUGAGGGGGCGAAAAAAAUCAAAAAAGCUCACAAAUCUAGAUAUCAGUUCAGACGAUGGAUCCGACGAAGAUUUUAAAGGGCCUUCAGACGGGGACGAUGAUUACGAUGACGAUUUGAGCGAGUAUAGUGACGAUUCUGUCAAAAGACGGCCACAACCAACACGACGGUCUGUGCGAAACCGAAAAAACGUGGUUGAUCCUGACUUUAUCAAUGACGAUUCGAGUGAAGACAGUGAUCAACGUUCCAAAAAAAAGAGAUCAAGACCUUGGUCAGAUUCUUCGAAUAGCGAAGAAGAAGACUUAACGUGGGGAAAAAAGAAAAAAAAACGUACAAAUGCGUACUCAUCUUCGUCAUUAUUGUCCAAAUCGACCAAAGGGUCUAAAAGGAAACGUAGCGAAAACGAUGGUGCCCGAAAAUUUAAAAAGAUCAAAUUCGGUAUGAAUUCGGAUUCAGAUUCAGACGGCCAACCCAAGAGAAGGACAAGAGGACGACAAAUAACUUACGCCGAAUCCGACGAUUCCGAAGAAGUAGUCCUAACGAAAAAGCGUAAGGUAGGGAGUGACGAAGAAGAUGAAUAUGUGUUGAACGACGAGGAAUUGGAAGCCGAGAACGAAGACCAUACUUUAGAAGUGGACGAAGACGAUGCGCUGGCCAGUAACGAUGAGAAGGAUGAAGAAGACGUCUACGAUGAAGAAGCAGUAGACGAGGAAGAGGAGAACGAGGACGAGGACGAAGAGGAAGAGGUCAACCCGAAACUUGCGAUAUCCUCAUCAGGGCCAUCUACAAGUAAUGUCGCACAUCAGACUGUCGUUAAACCGUCGCUAUCCGCUGUUGUCCAAUCGGUCAUCAGGGAACCGUUAUCCUCAUCAUCCGAUCCAGUGGCCGCCGAACCGCAUCAUGGGGCACACCCACGACUGUUGCCACCGGCAGUUGCUCAACGAUCGGACAAACAAACGUUGUCGCCAGUCGUCGACCCCAAUCUAGGGUCACCGGAUAAGCGAAAGCGCCCCCCACAGCACCAGCCGAAAAAGUGUCCGUCGCCCAACCCUCUGGUGGACUUCGGGGCGGGUGCCGGCUACCCAUAUGCUCCGGACGCCACCAAAGUGGCGGUGUCCGCUGUCCCGCCAUCGCCCGCACACGUCGCGUACAUCAGACCGCCAGCAGCCGUGUCUGCUGCUGCAGGAGUGUUCAAGACCAUGGUGCCGCGAACUGCGGGUGACGUGGGUUUUCCCGUCGCGCCGGUCCCGUACCGGACGGCAGCCAAUAAAAUGACCGGUCCGGCUGCCUACCUGUCUCCGCCGCCGCCACCUCAGGUGCAACAAGUGUACCAGGCGCCGACGCCGCAGCCGCAACCGCAACCUCCGUCAACCAGUUAUUCGCCGUAUCCAAUCGAUUACGCCGCCACCGGAGCACCGCUACCACCUCCACCACCGACGAUCGCGUUCCGAAACGUGCUCGUAGCGCCGCCGUCGCACGAGCAUGCUCUGCUGCCCAGUGCGUCACAGCAGCAGCAGCAAUCGGCAACGGGGGGCGGAGACAGUGAAUUCGGCGGGCUCGUUUCGUAUUUUUCCAGUCAACAAGAAGACGAUUUUGACACAUGAUGAUCUCGUCAAUCUCCGCCGUAUUAUUAUUAUUAUUAUUUUUAUUAUUAUUGUAAUUAUUUUUCUCCUUUUUUUCUUUUUGUUCCCUCCAUCAACUUAUCGUAUCUUACUGUUCUAUUAUAGUUAUGAAAACUUGGCUGCUUGUAUGUUGUUGUUAUUAUUAAUUUAGAAUUCUUUUAUUCUUUUA